AUGAGAAAUAUGAAUGAUAAAAAUAACGUGCAUAAUAAUUAUUAUUAUUUAAAACUUGAAAACGUGAACAACGGUUGGAGGAAUAAGGAGUUGAAAAAUGACAUAACAAAUGAGAACAUAUAUCAGUUUAUAGGUAAGAAGAAGAAAAAUUAUUCUAGUAGUGAAAUGAGUAAAAAUAGUUAUAGUACAUGUAAUACAAAUAAUAAUAUAUAUAUUAAUUAUAAUAAUAAUAAUAAUAUGUAUAAUAACUAUAAUAAUAAUAUAUAUAAGAACCUUAAUAAUAGAAAUAUUAAUUAUAAAGGUUAUAAAUUUAAACAGAACUAUCAUACUAAUGCAUAUGUAAAUAUUUCAAAGAAUAGAAAUUAUUAUUACCCUUCUGAAAGUAAAAAACUAACUAAUGAGUAUAAUAAAUACGACUUUGAUAAUUUAGAAAAAAGGGAGUGUAAAAUAAUAAAUGAUGAAUCUUAUAAAAUUGAAGAGACAACAGAUAUGGAAAAUGAUAUGUUAUAUAUUCAUAAUGAUAGUUUACCCAGUCAUCAACCUACAAUUAAUAAUAACACACAAGAAUUAUACCAUAUUAAUAAUUACAACAACAAUAUAUAUUUUUAUGAACCUUGUGAAAAAGAUAAUUAUUUGGAUUCCUCUAUAAAAGAUAUAUAUUUUGAUAUUUAUAGUAAUGAUACAAGUGAAAACAUAAAAAAUGAAACCAAUGAUAUUAUAAAUGUUGAUCAAAAAGGUAAUAAAUAUGAAGAGAAUAAUAUAAAUAUUUCAAAUAAUACUCAUGAAUAUAAAACUUUUGUAAACGAUGAUAAACAAUUAUUAUUAGAUCAUAUAAAAAGACUUGAAUAUCAAAAUAAUAUAUUCCUUAAUAAUAUGUUGAAUAUGUAUUAUGUAUGUAUUGAUUAUAUAAAGUUACAAGAUGAUAAAAUUAAAGAACAUGAACAAGUUAUCAAUUCACAAAAGGAAUUUAUUUCCAAUCUAAAGAAACAGUUAUCUUCUAAUGAUAACACAAACGUAGCAUAUAAUAUAAAUAUUAAUCAUAUAAAUAAAUAUAAACAUGUUACUAAAUGA